AUGCCUGCUGGUGUAUACAAAAUUUCUCCCUUCGGGACCAGUCCUGUCAGAGUUUACUGCGACCUGGAGACAAUGGACGGAGGAUGGACGGCAAUUCAGAAACGGGUAGGUGGAUUCGUGAACUUUGAUAGGAAUUGGUCGGAAUACAAGAAUGGUUUUGGUGCAGCGGAACAUAAUUACUGGGUUGGAAAUGACGUAAUACAUCUGUUAACAAACGAAAAGAACUCAUCUCUGUAUAUCUCCAUAACUGUACAGAAUGGUACAAGGCUGCAUGAAUUGUACAAUGGAUUUUCGGUCUCCAAUGAAACAGAGAAAUAUCAACUCUUUCUUGCAGGACCUGCUACUGGAACCCUAGGAGGCAGCAUAGAAGCCGACUAUCUUAGACGGAUGUACUUUAGUACCCCAGACAGGGAUAACGACAGGAGCAGUGGAGGUAACUCUGCUGCCUCUAACGGACGAAAAGGAGGCUGGUGGUUUGACAAAUGUAACAUCGCUUUCCUUAAUGGACAAUGGGCCUCUGCAGACUGGAUUUGGCCUUGGUUCACUACAGUAUUGAAGGGGACAUCUGUGAGGGAGACAGUGAUGAUGGUUAAACGUCACUAG